CCCUAUCAAAUUUCCCUCUCUCCGCCUCGUUACUUCCACAACUUGUGUUUCCUCCUCUCACCGCCGUUACUAGCGGCGGCGCCGUUCGGACAACUGGCCGUGAAGUAGAUCCGGCAAUCGCGCAUCAGCCAUCUGGAUCCGAUUUUAAUUUCUGGAAUCUCCAAUCUAAUUAGCCCUAUCUCUUCUUCCUCUCUCCAUCUCUCGUGUUUUUCAGUUAAUUUUUUUUACUAAUUUUUAUUUCUCUUCAUUUUUUAAAAUGUUUUUAUUUUCUGGCCAGCGGUGAGUCAUUUUUCUAAUCCUGUUUUAACCCGUAUUGGACGCUACCCACUCUCUUCUCGAUAAAGAUGAUUUGACAUUUUUACCCCCAAAUUGUAAACCGAGCUACAGACUUCGGGGUGCUUACGUGGCGUGUUUUAGGGCUAUAAAAUGAGUCAUCAUCCUCGUAGGAUCGUGCCACCUGGCCUAUCCAAAAAGCGCAAGGAGAGGGAAUCUCCUAGUUUUCCUAUUAAGCCCUCGGCUGCAGUUCCGGCUCGACCUGCAGCUUCAAAAGCCGUCGAGCCGAUUUGCUCAAAUCGGCUGCUGGCUGGGUAUAUGGCGUAUGAGUUUCUGACGAAGGGGACUUUGUUUGGGAAGAAGUUUGUUGUUCCGGCUCGAGCGGGGGCUGUAGCAGUGAGGAGCAGCAGCUCAGCAGAAUUGAAGCGGGUUAAGAGGGAAGCCGAGCUGGUAGGAGGAGAAAAGCAGGAGGAGAGGAGUUAUGAUGAGGUGGCAAGUAUAGUGAAGUCAGAUGGGGUCCACAUACCUGGAAUUGUUAAUCCUACACAGCUGGCGCGGUGGACUCGAGCGUCUUAAAUAAGAAGAAGGUGGAUCAUUUGAGAGAGAGAGAGAUUUUGGUUGUUGGUAUGUCGAUUAACUGCUGUAGUUUUCUGUAGGGAGUAAAGAGUAGCAAAAAUGUGUAUCUGGGUAUUCUCUGCUUCAUAUAAUCUCACUCUGUUGAUGUGUUUUUUUGUUGAAUUGAAUGGAUGGAUUGAUUGAAA